AAUAAAACUCAGUGUUUUUUAAAAAACACCGUUUAAAUUUGUAUUUUUUAGUGCAUUUGAUCUAACAAUAUAGUGUUUUGUGCAGUUGCGAACAUGAAAACGUUGUACAAUCGUAUUGGAUCCGGAUUAUAUACCAAGUUCGUUUUUAUUAUUACGGGGUGAAAUAAAAGCCAGCCAUUUUUUGGUUGAGUAACAUGUGAGCGUGCCUUUUAAAAUUAGGAGGUAUAUUGUGUGUACACGAAAAAGAGAUAUCGAAGUCAACGAACGAUUGGUAGGUUUGGGACCACCACCUUUGGAACGAGGAAGAGAUUAGAAGCGCCGACUUAAAGUGAUACUGUGUUUACGUGAGGAAAAAUGCAACAACCGACGAUCUUUCGUAAGCCCAAAGUUCAAAGAAAAACUGUGCAACGACAGGUGAUGUGAUCCAUAGGCGGAUUGAAUAUAGUAGAAAAACCGCUCGUAAAUAAUGCGUUCAGUUUAGUGAGUAUGCGAAGACAAGUGCCCCAUAUCUACCUCCAACGAGGGGAAGUGCAGUGCUCGAUGCAACACGAGUGUAAUACGAAAUUGGGAUCAAAAAGCGUUGAAGCUAAAAAUAUAACUUCGUCGCUCACGUCGUAGUUUACGGUACACGAAAGUGCAUUCAAAAGUCGUGUUUUUACUAAAGAAUUUCAAUUCAGUGGUAUUUGUGUACGGUAGCAGCAACAUUGCAUCUGUGUCAUUGAAACACGUUUUUAGCAUACCAAACUUUGCGCGGAUCGGCACGCACACCGUUUCAAUCAGGCGAGGAAGGCCAGGAGUUUGCUAUGUCGCACAAGAAGUGAUCGAACAAGUUGAGUGAGGAGUUGCAAGAAAAAAAGGCAGAAGACCAUUACCACAUUCAAUAACAGAAAAAAGUGAAAUCAAGUUAACAUCAAUAAUGAAUGAGUCAGGAGCUGCUACUUCUAGUGCCAAUGGUAGUGCCAAUGCGAAAUCCGAACCCAAUAAAGAUCAGUUAACGAAAGUGGGCGUAAAUAGUAACAUGAAUGGCGGCAGUGGAAAUAUAAUAUCUGCACCUAAAGCGGCAUCCGUACCGAAUGAUAACGGUACCGAUGUAGGGCCGGACAUAAUGAUGAGUUCUACUGGGGUGAACAAUGAUGGUCAUCCGCACCAUCACCAUCACCAUCAUCAUCAUCACAGCCACUCUCAUCAACAUCAGCAACAACAACACCUUGCACAGCAAUUUCAACAGCAACAGCAACUUCAGCCACAAUCUGGAGUGAUAAGCAAUGGGUCUGCCGGGUUCUAUGAUCAGAAAUCGGAGCUUUCUCCCGUUGUCCCUACCGAGGAGGACGACGGGCUCGGACCAUUGCCUCCGAAGUGGGAAAAGGCGUACACCGAUAGCGGAGAGGUCUACUUCAUUGACCAUAAUACUGGUACAUCACACUGGCUUGAUCCAAGGUUGUCCAAGUUCCAGAAAAAAUCUCUCGAAGACUGCCAAGAUGAUGAACUACCGUAUGGCUGGGAGAAAAUCUGUGAUCCACAUUAUGGUACCUACUAUAUUGAUCACGUAAAUCGCAAAACGCAGUAUGAAAAUCCGGUUUUGCAAGCGAAACGAUUAAGUGAACGUGCUGGAAGCACAGGAAUGGGUCCUUCCGGCUCUGCCAUGAGCAACUACAGUGGACAAAAUGGUGAAGGAAGUAGCACUCACGAAGAUACUGCAGGAGACGUAAGACCAAACCAUUUUACGAAGAAUCCUGCGAAUCUAAGAGGUGAACGGCUGAUGACUACGCUGGUUAAAUCGACUCGUGGUCUGGGAUUUACGAUUGUUGGAGGAGAUGACAAUGUAGAAGAGUUUUUGCAGAUUAAAUCGAUCGUUCCUAAUGGACCUGCUUGGAUUGAUGGGAAACUAAAGACGGGAGAUGUGUUGGUUUACGUUAAUGAUAUUUGCGUCCUAGGAUUUACGCAUCACGAGAUGGUGAAUAUCUUUCAGUCUAUCCUCCCGGGCGAGGAAGUUCAUCUGGAUGUUUGCCGUGGUUAUUCACUGCCGUUUGAUCCGAACGAUCCAAACACGGAAGUGGUGACAACCAUUGCUGUGGAUGGCCUCAACAAUGGGGCAAUGACCGAGUCGGAUUUAAAGUUUCUGGAAACUGGUGGUUUUAUGGAUCCGGGCGAUGUGCAGCACAAGAAUCCGCUAGCGAAAAUUCAAUCAGGUGUUGCCACGGCGAACGGCGGAGAUAUCUAUUUCAGUGAUACUCAUUCUUACCAGCAGCACUACAAAAGCAAGGAGAGUAGUUUUGAAAUACCGGAAAUUCUUCACAUCAAUAUAGUGAAAAGUGAUAAUGGGUUUGGUUUCACAAUUACGGAUAGCUCGUACGGGCAAAAGGUGAAAAAAAUUCUCGAUCGCCAGUGUUGUAAGAAUCUCCAGGAAGGUGAUGUUUUGCUAAGCAUUAAUUCUAUUCCUGUGAAAGAUAUGUCCCACAAUGAGGUUGUGCAAGUGUUGAAAGAUUGUCCCAAGAAUAUCGAAACUACUCUGAAAGUUCAACGUGGACCGUCAGCUCUGUUGGUGGGUAGUAGUAAAAUGACGAACAAAUUAAGAAAAAGCAUCGAAAUGGCAAAAUUCGGUGGCGGUUUGCUAAAAAAAGAUGGCUACGGUAUUGGCGCUAACAGUUUAUUCCGAAGUAAAACUCCGACAGCUGAUUUGUACAGCACGCAGACCAAGGAAAUUCUCCCUACAAGACCGAAGACACCUUUGGUCGAUACGAGAGCUAGAGCGAAAACUCCUUCUCUGCCAUUAUCCGAUUUGAGUACAGAAGAGAUUGAGCUUGACGUUAACAAAAACACAGCAGAUGCAAAGAUGGAUUUAAAUUUGAAUCUGAAAUCGAACAGCAGCGUGCAUGAUAAUGAUUCCAUAGCAAACGAUAUAGGCUCAUUCAACAAUGAUGAACAGUAUCAGUCGGCCAAACAUGCAAACCUCGCUGACAGAUUGGGAGAGCUAACAAUUGGUGGCUCAAACAACAGCACUACAGACUCGAUCUACCAUAACCAUCAACCUCAAUACGGAGGCCCAGGAGGGCACUUUCAACGUCAGUCGAAUUUCAAUCACAAUAAUUACAAUCAUCUGUAUUCACCUCCGAUAGUUCCUCCUCCACCGGUGCCACCUAUGUCGGCAAAUCAUGUCGGCUAUGGACCUAAUCCGACUCCCCUUCAACCGACUUACCAUCAUGAGAGUUGUUUCUGUUACGACUGCCAGGACUAUCAGCGUCAACAGCAACUUCAUUAUCAGCAAAUAUAUCAACAACAAACUCUCAACAGAUCCUACGGGAACAAUCCAAGCCAUAUACAGCAUCCACAGCAACAGCAACUACCGUACCAAUUACCGCCCCAAAUGAGUGAUAACAUUGGUAAACGAUUGAAUGAGUAUUUGAUGGAUAGAAAAAGAUUGCUUCAUCAGCAACAGCAUCCUCUGCCUCCCCAACACCACCAGUUUGACAAUCUGUACCAUCAUCAUAAGGCACCCAUUCCGCUACCGCCGCAGCACCAGCCACAAGCACCUGUGCCAUUUGAUCCGCAUUUCUAUCCCCCAGCUAAUAGUUGGCGAGCGAAUCACGGCGGAAAUCAACAUUCUCCGCAGUUGUACGCUGGAGCGGCCAUGUUUCCCGCUCCGGUUCCCAUGGAUGAUUAUGCGCUGUCCGAAGUUAUUCUGGAUCGACAAGCGCUUGGGUUCGGGUUUCGUAUCGUCGGUGGAACGGAAGAAGGAUCUCAAGUAACGGUUGGACACAUAGUACCCGGCGGAGCCGCCGACAAGGAUACGAGGAUUGCUUCCGGCGAUGAGAUCCUAAGUAUUAACGGGGUGAAUGUGGAGAAUGCAUCCCAUCAUCGGGCCGUGCAGUUGAUGGGUGAAGCUGGUUUGCGUGGUCAGGUCACUAUGAUUCUGCGACGGAGGAAGCCACUGAAACCACCACCACCGGCACCCAAUCCUCGGUACCCGUACAAUGUUUUGGUGACACGCAACGAAAAUGAAGGAUUCGGAUUCGUGAUUAUUUCCUCGGCAGGUCAAUAUCACGGUUCGUCAAUCGGUGAUCUCAUUCCGGGCAGCCCGGCAGAACGCUGUGGAGAGCUGAAAAUCGGUGACCGAAUAGUAGCGGUUAAUUCGAUCGACAUAUCCGAUAUGAACCACGGAGAUGUGGUUAAUCUUAUAAAGGAGUCCGGGUUGCAGGUACAGCUCACUAUCGGAUGUCCACGUCCGUUGGAUAAUCCUACCGGGUCCUCAUUAAUGCAAACGAGUAGUGGGCUAACUUCUACCGCCGUUCCCGCUUCUAACGUGUCAAGUGGAAGCGGUAACGAAAUGUAUGUAAGUAGCAGCACGGGCAGUAAUGUACCGUCGAUAAACCGGUAUCCAACCAUAAUGUCUUGAUUGAGAACGAAAGUAAGCCUUCGGCGCCAAUCGGUUUCGAUAGAGGAGGAGGAAGAUGAAUGAUCGAAGUUAGCAAACUCGCUCAUUUUUUCUGAUGUAACCAAAGCAUUUUUUAUUUACUUCUAGGAUCUGGUAAGUUUCAUUUAUAGUAGUCCGUAUUGUGUAAUUUUCUGGCAACUAUUGUGUCGGCUCGAAGCGGACCGAAAGCAGAUGCUCAAUAGUAUAGUAAGCAAAGCGGUUCGACUGUUUGCAUGCUGCUCCCUAUUUUUGACUUCAUAGGAAAAACCUAUUUUGAAUUAGUAACGAUACACAAAACUAUGAACGGUUAUCAUAACCGUCUCCACCUGUAUUGCGCAGCUCGAAAAAAUAACAUCAAUUGCUCAAAAAAUCUUCGAGAUUCGCACUGAAAUGUGUACUUAAUUUCUGCAUGUUUUUAUUAUUAGGUACGAUUACCCUUAAACAGUCGGGGUAUCAGCUAAAAAUUUACUUUUGUCUGAAGAAAAUGAUCAUAACGAAAAAUAGUUGCAAUAAUGAUUCGUACUAUAAUUAAAUGAUGCAAGCAAUAACAUAUUUUAUAUUUCCUUUUCAAUAGAUAUAAAGUUUAAAAAGAUUUAAUUAUUUAACUUCAGAGUAUAGACGAAACAGCAUUUUUGAAACGAUUUUAUUUACUACUGCAAUUUAAUACCAGAAUUUCUUUUUUAAUUAAUUGUUCCCUUAUUUUUGGAUGUUUUCUCGAAAAACACGAUUACAUUGACCAUCUAUGACUUUUUUAUGUGCCAUUAUAUCAAUUUUAUACAUCAAUGCUCCAAGGCAAUCAGUCACGAUACAUUCUUGAAACCACAGUUGCUUCAAAGUAGCGGCAAACAUUGUGUACUGAUGACACUGAAGCUAUAACGAUCAUACGGUUAUUUUUUAUGCAACAAAAAUCUACGAUAUUGUUAUAGUUUUCUAUCGGAUUUUCCCUUCCGACCUCAUAGUUAUAUAAAUUGCAUAGGGCUGAUGAAUGUUAUGCUGCACGAUAGAAGGUGGAAAACAAAUCGCAACCUCAUCACACGGUUGAGCGCUGUUUUUCAGUAUUCCUUUUCUGUACCUUCGCUUCGGCACCGGCCGCGAUGGGGGCGUGGGAAAUGCGGGCAUAAUCCAGUUAUAAAUAGAAAAUAUACAUAUCGCGCGAAUAAUGAUCACACACAACAAUAGUGGGUUUGUACCGGGCGAUUAGUGGCACCACGUCCAUGGGUAGUAUGCUGAACAACCGCAAAUUAUAUGCAUCAAAUACUAGAACAAGCCACGACAAGCUAUUAUUGCGGCUUAAAAAAACGUUCUUUUUAAGUGGUAUCAAAUCUGACGAAUGAAAUGAAGCAAAUCUAAAAAAAGCUAUCGCCUGCAAUUGCCUUAAGCUUCAAGCCACCCCGCGGAAAUACAAUCAUCAACAGCAUUUAUGAAGUAAACUGAAAACAAACACCGAAAUGACUGAAUGUAACAAAUUUUAUAAACGGUACAUCAUGGACAGAUAUAUUUAGUACAUAUCAUUGUAAACCUUUUCAUCAACCGACAACGUUCUCAAAUAUUUUUAAAACGGCACACAUUAGGUAUAGAGUCUUCCGGACCGGUGAUAGUAAUAAAUAUAUUAAAUCAUAACCUGAUUGGCGACACAAACCACCCUCAGCAACAAGCAAAUCACUGUGAAUAAUCUUGCCUUACCUUUAUAUUUAUAUACAUAGAGAAGCAAAAGAUGAAGCGAACUAAACUGAAUCUUAUUCAGAGGAUUUAUUCCAUGAUAUGAAAGUAGCUCUUUUAGGCAUAGUAGAAAAUUAUCGAUAGUUUUUUUUCUGUUACUCCCUUAAAACCAUCAUCUGGAUGGUCAAAUCGAUAAUUAACAACUAGGCAUUAGAAGUAUUAUCUAGUUAGUAGUUUUUUUACCCUAAGAAAAUACUUAACAAACCGAGCUUAGGCUGAUCGCUGAUUUUAUAGAACCCGAUGAUAGACAACACGUAACGUUAGUGAAGUGCCUCCAUUUAGUCAAUAUUAAUAAUCAAAACUCCAAGAACAUUUCCGCGUGUUGUUUCCCGCUGCAAGUAUAUUCUAUUGCUUCUUCUCUUAGUAUAUUUUUACAGAAAAAUAAGUACCUACUUGGCCGCCACUAUUGCACUUUUUGCUUUCUUGGUACUUAAUACAUGCUACUGUACUGUAAUUUUUUGGUGAAAUAUGAGAAAAAUCAAGUGUCUGAAUAUAUUAUAGAAUAGUGUAAUUAUUAGCAU